CUAAAACCAUUUCCGCUCCUCUCUCCACCAUUCGCCGUCCACCUUCCAACUUCGACUGCCCAGACAAGAGUUGUAGUAGUUCGUACAAUGAAGAAAUGUAUGAUGAGAUGGGGUGAUGAUGAUGAUGAAGAAGAAGAAGAUUCAUCUGAGGAAUCAUCAUCUUCUGACUCUAACGCGGAUAAUACUGAGACUGGGAAUAAGAAGAAGAGAAAGAGCAAAAAGAUAAUAGCGAGGUUUGGGAAGAAAGAGAAGAAAACUUUUGACUAUGAAUCUCUGAAAGAGCAUGGUUACAAAGCCGUUGGUCUUCCAGAUCUUCCUCCUCCUGUGGAGAAAGCAGAUUGGUCGUGGGAUACUGGGAAGGAUAAAGCAAGAGCAGAGGAAGUGAAAGAGAGUUUUCGAGAACGAGAAGCUACAAGAGCUAAGGUUGCAGGUGGGGAGACGAUUGCGAAUGCGCAGCUGAGGAGUGAUAGGAAGAGUCUUUCGUUCUCACAGAAGGAGAAGAAGAAGAGAGAUUUGGGGCAAGCGAGUCGAGGUAAGAAUUAUGUUGAAGAAGAGAAGAGGCAGUUGAGAGAGAGUGGUGUUUACUCUGGUUUUGAUUCUUAAAAAAAGACUCAUCUUCCAGGUAAUAUCUCUGUAUGUGUGGUAUUUAUGUGAAGAAACAAGAGCUUGAUUUACACACUAUUAGCCACAAAGUCUAAUGCUUGCUUUGUUUUACUAUGUUUGAUAUGAUUAUGAAGAGACAAGAAUUUGAUUUCACUAGUCGCUACAAAAUUUAUUCUGUUCUGAUUCUUGAAUAUCUCAGGUUUGAGGUAAAUCUUGGUAUUCGCUAUAAU